AUGAGCAUAGAAGUUCACGUGCGUCUCCGGCCCCACGUGCCCAACGGUGUUUGGUCCUCUGCGGAGACGGUGCUAUACAGCACGCACAACCCCAACACACGGUAUGUGUACAACAAGGUGCAUCACAUCGGCACCUCGAACCAAUCCAUAUUUCAGGGCAUGGAGGCUCUCGUGCAUGCCGGGUUUGACGGGAAAAAUGUCACCGUGAUGGCAUAUGGGCAGACCGGCAGCGGUAAGACUUACAGCAUGAACGGUUGUGAGGCGGAUCCAGGCAUCGUUCCCCGCACAGCGAAGUUGUUGUUGGACCUCCGCACGAAAUUUCCCGGCACACAGAUCGUGAUUUACUUCACGGAGAUUUACAAUGAGUCCGUGAAGGACCUCCUUGAGCCACAGCGAGGCGAACUUGGACUCCAUGACGCCCCCGAUGGCGGUGUUUACUUUGACAAGAAGUCCGUGCCCAUUGAGACAAUAGAUGACUUUGUGAGACUGCAGAACCUUGCGGAGCGCAAUCGUAAGUAUGGCGUGACGAACCUCAACGACCACAGCAGCCGUUCACACAUUAUUCUUACAUUUGAGAUU